AAUAUCCGCGAGAAGAAAGAGACGAGAUUACCAAGUUAGACAUUAAUAGUAAAGAAUUAAAAGGUUUCUUAUAUCUAAAAGGGUUUACUAAUUUAAAAGAAUUAGAUUGUUCUAAUAAUCAAUUAACUAAUCUAGUUCUGCUUGAUUGUCCAAAUCUAGAAACACUUAUUUGUAAUAAUAAUAAGAUUACUACUAAUUUAGACUUUCUAAAAUCAGUUAAUGAAUUAGAGAAAUUAAACAUCAGUAAUUGCCCCACCGAAGGAAGUUUAAAACCUUUACAAAAUCUAAACAAAUUAGAAGUGUUAGAUAUUUCUAACACCAACCUCAGUGAAGGAUUAGAAUAUUUGCCAGAAAGUUGCGAAUAUCUUAUUUGUAAUAGUGAUUACCAACAUAAAUCUAUCGAACUAACUAAGGAAUUAGAUAAAAUGGCAGUAGGAGGUGGAGUAGUUGCAGGAACAGUUAAUUUACCAGUAGGAAUAGCCAUGGUAGCAGCUCCUCUUCUUGCUGAUGGAACUACUACUUGGAUAAAAGAAAAUCUUUAUGAUGCUCAGGAAAAGAAUGUAGCAGUUAAGGAAUUAAGUGCUAAGACAGAGAAGUUUUUAAGUAUCUAUGAUGAAGACAAAAAUAAAGAAAUUAGUAUUGAUGAAUUAAUCAAAGAACGAGACAAACUAGCCCAGGACUUAAAUCUGAGUGAAGAAAAAAGUAAGACUUGGGGAAUUGUCAAUGCCAUUAAAAAGUUAGAAACUGAAAUAAUUAAGUAUCGUAAACCUUCUUAUGGAAUUGGUGAAGGUGAAGUUAAAACUGAUGAAGGAGAAACUGGUAAAAUAGAACAAUUAGAGUUAGAAAAUCAAACCCUAGAAAUUUUAAAACUUCAAAAAAGAAUAGAGGAAAUGGAGGAAAGUUUGAAAUAUUAUAAUGAUACUGAAACUACUCAAAAACUUCAAGUUGAAUUAACUGAUUUAAAAAUUAAACUAGCA